GGGAGGGGGUGGCAAUGCGAGGGUCGGUAGAGAGCCCCCGACGGGCCCGGCCGCUAUGAGGAAGUCGGGGAAUCAGAGGGAUGGGAGGGAUAUGCCCCCGCCGCCGCCCCCGCCGCAGCACCAGCACCACGAACCGAAAGAGAAGAAGAAAUACCAGCGGAGCUUAUCGGCUGCGGAGGAGCUGGCGGCGGCCGAGAUGAAGAGAAGAUAUAUGGGUGUCGACCCUGACACUUCUGUUCUUGCGAGCAAGAAGAAGCGGCGGAAAACGCAUGAGAGGAAGUUUACGUUUGAGUGGGGGGCGGAGGAGGAUACUUCCCUCGACGAGGAGAGACAACAGAUAGGAUUCUUUGGAAGGGGGAAGUUGGGGGGUUUCGCGGAUUCCGAGAAACCGGUGGAUGCGUAUUUGCAAGCGCUGCAGAGUCGCGGUGAAGAUGAGACCAGGAGAGCAAAGGAGAUUAUGGAGAUGGAGAGGAAGAAACGCGAGGCGACGAAUUGGGUCGAUAAGCAUUGGUCCGAGAAACCGCUCGAGAUGAUGAAGGAACGCGAUUGGAGAAUUUUCAAGGAGGACUUUAAUAUUGCUACGAGGGGAGGAGGCAUUCCGCUGCCGAUGAGGAGUUGGGAGGAGAGUCAGUUGCCGACUAGGUUGCUGCAGGUGGUGGAUGAGGUUGGAUACAAGGACCCGUCGGCGAUUCAACGAGCUGCGAUUCCGAUUGCUCUGCAGAACAGAGAUCUGAUUGGUGUCGCUGUUACUGGUUCCGGAAAGACGGCGUCGUUCAUCCUGCCAUUGCUGGUCUACAUCUCCGAGCUUCCUGGAUUGACGGAAUUCACGAAGAACGACGGUCCAUACGCCAUCAUCCUCGCACCGACGCGUGAAUUGGCCCAGCAGAUCGAAACGGAAGCAAAAAAGUUUGCCACGCCGCUUGGAUUCACCUGUGUCUCGAUAGUUGGAGGUCACACCAUCGAAGAGCAAGCUUACAACCUCCGAGACGGUGCCGAGAUCAUUAUCGCCACGCCCGGUCGUCUCGUCGACUGUCUCGAGCGUCGUCUCUUGGUCCUUUCGCAAUGCUGCUACGUGAUCAUGGACGAAGCCGACCGCAUGAUCGACAUGGGUUUCGAAGAGAGUGUAAACAAGAUCCUCGACGCCCUACCAGUUCACAAUAUCAAGCCGGACACCGAAGACGCUGAGAACCCGGUGCUGAUGUCCAAACACCUUGGCGGUAAAGACCGCUUCCGUCAGACAAUGAUGUACACAGCCACCAUGCCUCCGGCAAUCGAACGUAUAGCUCGUAAAUACCUCCGACGCCCGGCAAUCGUCACCAUCGGUAACGCCGGCGAAGCUGUAGACACUGUCGAACAGCGCGUCGAGUUCGUUCCGGGCGAAGAUAAGCGCAAGAAACGCAUGCUGGAACUCCUCGCUUCGCGCGAAUACUCACCCCCAGUCAUCGUCUUCGUCAACAUCAAGCGAAACUGCGAUGCCGUCGCAAAGGAUCUCAAGCACUCUGGCUGGCAUGCUGUCACGCUCCACGGAUCGAAAUCGCAGGACCAGCGUGAACAGGCACUCCACCAGCUCCGCUCCGGCCAGGCGGAUAUCCUCGUCGCUACCGAUCUUGCGGGUAGAGGUAUCGAUGUACCUGAUGUCAGUUUGGUUAUCAACUUCAAUAUGGCAACGAGUAUUGAGCAGUACACGCAUCGUAUCGGACGUACUGGUCGUGCGGGAAAGAGUGGUGUCUCUAUCACGUUCCUCGGUCCGGAAGAUACAGAUGUCAUGUAUGAUCUAAAGCAGAUGCUGAUGAAGAGUGCGAUUUCGAGAGUGCCGGAGGAAUUGAGGAAACACGAGGCGGCGCAGAGUAAGCCUACGAGAACGAGGAAGGCGGGCGGUGAUAGAGGCGGUGGUGGCGGGGAUCGGGAUCGGGAUCAGGAUUCGAUCAUGGGGGGCACUGGGGGUGGCGGUGGGAAGUGGAAGAAUUGAUGUACAUGUACCGGUAGUAAUAUAUAGUCUGGAGAGAAAGCGAAUCCAGAUUUCUCCGGGAUGAGGGAUUGCUGGAGAAUGGGUUUUGUAGA